UUUGCUGUUUCAUUUCUGCGCUUUACAUUCCAGUGAUUGCAUCAAGGAGUACGAGCAAACGAGAGAAAUGUCCUCUGCGAGUGGAGACGAGGCCGAUAUCGCGCUGGCCGAACCAGUGAGGCGCACCAGGUCUGGCCGUACACGCAAAACGGCGGUGGUGGCUAAAAAGUCACCCGUGAAGAAGCUCCUCGCCAGGGCUACGCGCUCCCCGAAAAAGGCCCACGAGAUCGAGGAGACCGAGGAGGAAGCAUCCAUGUUGGAAGAAACCAUAGUGGAAAACAUGACUGAGAAUGGAGUUCAACAGCUAACAGAUAUUAUUAUCGAACAACGUAGCGAAGAAGACACUCCUAUGUUACACUUGGAGUUGGAAGAUUCCGAAGACACAAAUGUGCAUGAGAUGAAUGUUGCUCAAAGUGAAGAAAUUGAGCAAGAAGUGGAGGAAAUGGAACAUUCCAAUGUCAGAGCUGAAGGUAUGAUAGUGGAAGAGAAUAGUAUGGACAGGGAAGAGCUGGGCGAGGAACAAAGCGAGGUCGAGUUGGAGGGGCCAGACAUCAGUAACGACGACUACGAUCAGCAACGCGUACUUAUAGAGUUUCAGGAAGUCAUCAACGAAGAUGGCACUACUAUGAUACAGGAAAUAAUGGAAUCGGAAAAGGUGAAUUCGGAGAACAUGCCCACCGCAACCGGGAUUGUCAUGGAAAUCGACGACUCACAGCAGGGAAUAACUGUGAUCGCAGACACAGUGAUGGACAAGGUGGAUACCGACAUGGAGAUAUCACAGAGUGGCGACUCUGUGCCGCGUAUAGAGAUAACUGAAGUGAAUGAGGUCGAGGCGGAAAGCGCGACCGAAGAAGACUCGAAGAAAAUUGAACCCGACACGGAGGCUGUGUCGGAGGAUGAGUUGCCGAGUGAAGCUGCGGCCAAGGAACCCGAAACUGAGGCAGUGUCCGACGAGGAGUUGCCGGUCGCUGCUCCGGCGGACUUGGGCGAAACCGAAUCCGUGUCCGAGGACGAGUUACCACCGGACAGCGACAAGAAGCGAAAAGGCGUGGCGAAGUCGAUCAACAAAACGCCAGAUAAGAAAGCAAAAACUGAGAGCGGAAACAAACGCAAGUUAAACGCGGAAGGGGAAUACGAUCCCAGUUCUCCGACGUCCGAAAACAACGACGAGACGCCCGCGAAGAAGGCUGCGUUAUCCAGCGAAGCAGAUGCGGCGGAGAAGCAAGAGGCCAAGCCGGCGUCGCCCAAAAAGAAAACCCUACCCGAGCUGGAAAAGUAUUGGAAAGCCGUUAACGAAGAUCCGUCCGACUUUACGGGUUGGACGUAUCUUUUGCAAUACGUUGAUCAAGAAAACGACGCAGAAGCCGCGCGCGAAGCUUACACCAAAUUCUUGGAGCGUUACCCAUAUUGCUACGGCUACUGGAGAAAGUUCGCCGAUUACGAGAAGAAGAAGGGCAACCCCGAAAAUGUCCAAACGGUGUUCGACCAAGGUCUGAAAGCUAUUUCGCUAAGCGUCGAUCUGUGGCUCCAUUACAUCAACCACUGUAAAACUGUCUAUGAAAAGGACGAGGAGAAGCUCCGGGAGCAGUACGAGAGAGCCAUACAAGCGUGUGGGCUUGAGUUCAGAUCGGAUCGUCUCUGGGAGAGCUACAUAAAAUGGGAACAGGAGGCGAAGCGCUUCAGCAGAGUAACGGCGCUGUACGAUCGCUUGCUCUCGACGCCUACGCUCGCCUACACCACCCACUUCGACAACUUCCAGGCGUUCGUCGAUUCUAACUUACCGAAUCGCAUCUUGAGCGUGGACGAUUUCCUGGCGUUGCGCGCCGAGGUGAAAGCCCUUCUCAAAUCGGACGACACCACCGCGACGUCUGCUUCCGACGAUGCCCCACCCGGUGAGGAGCCGCCACCCCAUGAAGUGCCGCCGACCGAUGAGGAGACGCGAGCCAUCCGGGAGAAGAUCAUCAGCAGCAGGCGCAAAAUGCAUAAAGCUAACGUCAACGCGGUGGCCGCGAGAUGGUCGUACGAAGAGGGAAUAAAGAGACCGUACUUUCAUGUGAAACCUUUGGAGCGAUGUCAGUUGAAGAACUGGAAGGAAUAUCUCGAUUUCGAGAUCGAACAGAAGGAUCAGAACCGUAUAAUCAUCUUGUUCGAGAGGUGUCUGAUUGCUUGUGCGCUAUACGAUGAAUUUUGGAUGCGGUUUGUGCGUUACCUGGAGUCAUUGAAGGGAGAUAACACGGAGAAAAUCCGAGACGUAUAUUCUCGGGCUUGUAUGGUGCACCAUCCAAAAAAGCCAAACUUGCAUUUGCAGUGGGCUAUCUUCGAGGAAGGCCAAGAUAAUUUUGAGAAGGCCGCGGCCAUAUUAGAAAAUAUUGACAAUGUAUUGCCAAAUAUGUUACAAGUGGCGUAUCGACGGAUAAACUUGGAGCGCCGUCGCGGUGAUUUGGAGAAAGCCUGCACACUAUACGAGAAUUAUAUUAGCAAUAGCAAAAAUAGGACGAUCGCCAAUAACAUCGCCGUAAAGUACGCACGGUUUCUCUGUAAAGUCAAGAAUGAUGUUGACAAGGCGAUUAAGGUAUUGAUGAAGGCUACGGAUAAAGACAAAGACAACCCUAGACUGUACCUGCAAUUAAUAGAUUUGGGUAUGCAGCGAACGCCGGUUGAUACUCAAGAAAUAGUAGGCUACAUGGACAUGUUCAUCGAGAGGGAGCAUGCGGAUCUCGAGCAGAGAGUGCUGUUUGCGCAACGCAAAGUUGAAUUCCUGGAGGACUUCAGCCCAGACAUUCGACAAGUGUUAAAAGCCCACGAACAGUUCCAGAAAUGUAUUAAGCAAGCGAAGGAGAGAAAGAAGGCGAAGGGUGACGAUAACAAAACCGAUUCUUCGCCUCCGAAAAAAGUGAAGACCGAUCAGUCGAACGUGCCACCUCCACCGUCCGUGGGUUCGCAGUCUUCGUACCAGUAUAGCAGCGGCCCGAGCGGACCGUACCAAUCGCAGCAGCAGUUCCAGGGCGGUCAGUACGGCGGUCAGGGAGGCUAUCAGCAGGGUUAUCAGCAGUAUCCACCACCGUCGGACCCUAAUUACGCUAACUACCAAAAUUGGCAGUACGGCCAGGGCGGGCCACAGGCUUACGGACCUUACAAUCAGUGGGGAUCUUACAACUACUACUAAACGAUCGCGCAAUCGAGUUCCCCAAGAUCGACUAUGACAUUUGUUAAUUUUUGUCCACUGUACAUUCUCUAGCGUUUUAUUCUGCCGAUUUCGAUUUCGAAAUCAUCGGACGGAGGAGUUAAUUGUUUAAGUACCCAAAUGACGCCUCGGUAUCCUAACAUUGAGAGCUUACGUGUGUCGACCGUUGACGACGGUUCCUUUCUGUGUCGAUAUUUGGGAGCUGCAUUUCGUACACGCUCAAUGACGGCAUCGGUUCGAUGAUUCAUUGUUUAAUGAUACGAUUAUAUCGUUUUACGGUUUUAUGAUGUGAUUAUACCUGUAUAACGUGACACUCACCGAACCGACGCUGGUCGGUUAAAAGCGUGCAGCGGAGUAGCGGCCCCGAUGUAUUGCAUGAAUAUAUAAUCGCGUGUACUGAACAAGCUGUGUACCGUUAGCAGAACUUGCUCUUUAUGUUAUUCGCUACAUGCACAUUGUACAUCUUCGUAAAUCGCAUCUUCGCGACAACAAUAUUCCCGGGUACAAAAGAAGAAGGAAAAUUUCGAGCUAUUGUAUUUGAAACGCCAAAGACUUUUGGGAUCAAUGAUGUUAUACAUCAAGCAAGUGUCCAAUUAUGGGAGAAAUAAAAAGAGAAGAAAGGAGAGUGGAAUCCUGCUACUGGUAUACAGAUUUUCUAGAAUCCUAUGUGUUCACUUCAAAGCGUUGCGGUCCAGUUGGAUGUGACUGUGGACUUGUGUCACGCAUCGCGUUCAUAAUUAAGAGUGGGAUUAAGCACACUUGAGAUGCACAGGCAGGCAUGAUAAAUAGCCUUAAGGCUCCUGUUUCCUUGUCCCCUUGCGACCAUUUUGAUUAAUGACUUUUGAAGCGGGAAAAUACACGCCCAAAAUUCUCGGAAUAUACAUUGAAAUACAAAGAUUAUCCGUAAAAUGACACUUGUAAUUGAGAUCUGUAUUAUCAACUGAUCUUUCCUCUUGCUCUAAUGAUCAAUCAAUAUCAAGUUAACAUGACAUAUCACAUAUUUCAAAGGUUAGUUUCACAUCACGUUGAUGUUGUGAUUAAUAAAUUAUAGAAUCAGAAGUUCUCGAAGUAUUUUUACAAAUUGCUCCGACGAACACGUAACUUUUUUUUUUACAAAUAUCUUUUUGUUUCAAUGUACUCUAUGAAAAUUUUGAACGUGUGUUUUUUCGUUUAUGACGUCAUUAUGUGUUUUAGAAAGGUGUAAUAUUUUAUGUAUUGAGACUGUCAUGCCCGUCUGUGUACAUUAUCUAUAACGUGUUCGAGAUUAUUACACAAAGGAAAUAUAGUGUAUUUUUCUUGAAGUAAGUUAUCUGUUAUAUUUGUAACUAUUUCACCUGUUACUGGAUCGCAGAAAAUUCUUUAUACGUAUUACAGAAGAAAUUCAUAAUUUGUGAAAGUACUAGUUGAUUUUAAUGAAAUUACAUCUAGCUGUUGAAUCAAGCGAGACUCGCGGACACGCGCACUGUGUGCUUGAUCCCAUCUCCAUAUACCCUCACGACCAUUACAAUAAAUUAUAGAUUCCGUAAUAACUGUUGCAUAAUAUACACGCAGUUCAAGAAAGUUUCGCUACAACCUAUGACGCACUGCAACGUGUUGAGCGCAUUACAAAUAUUAUAUAGGGUACUUUCAAAAUUGUACAAACUGUUGUCGACAUCGUUACUUACCCUCCGUGUAGAAAUCAUCGUCUGACUUUUCUUCCUUCAAGCUUUUUUCUUUUUUUUUUACGCGUGAAGCCAUCGUUUCGUACGGGUUUCGUUAAACAGCGCAUAUGUUGAGACAUUUCCUUCGUGUUACAAUUGAUAAGAAACAUGUCUAUUUAUUUUUAUCGAACUUCAAACUUGUGAUCGACGAGUAAAAUUAUUAUGAUAGCUGCGUUUCCAGGAAAUAAAUGAGAAUUUAAUUUAAUUGCAUUAAGUGCAUUUUGAUCAAUUUCACGUGUCUCAGCUAUAUUAUAUAUAUAUUUAAUAUAUUAGCUAUAAAUGUUAUAUUUAACCCUGAUGUUAUAUAUCUAAUUCGUGGACGUGCGUACAUCUAUUGCCUACACCUAGGUAAUAUAAUUAUUAAUAAUUAUAUACCUCUAGGUAACGUUCAGUCUAAUCGAAGUUAUCCUACUUGGCAGUAUUUGAAUUCAAACAUCUCGAAUUUUCUUCUUAUGUCUUCUGCAAACGAUUUAUCGAUGAAUAAGGCAGCGUUAGAUUAAUGAUAGAAUAAGAAUGUCAGAACGAAAGAUGAAUUUGUUACUUUGAUGUUUAUGAUAAAUUGCAGUGUUAUUUUUUUCAGUGAUUUUCAGGAAUAAAUGCUUCUUCAAUACA